AUGUCUACAUCUUAUUCUGAGCAAGAGGAACUCGUCCAAAAGGCCAUUGAUGAGUAUGAGGACGGUCAUUUUCGCAGCGCUGCAGCGGCCGCAGAGCAUUAUGGUCUCAAACCGCGACGGGUGCAAAGACGGCUUCGGGGACAAGCUUCUAGGAGUACUCGAACACCCACCCACACACGUCUUACUACGGCUCAAGAACAGUCGCUAUGUGACUAUAUUGAUCGUCUAGAUAACAUCGAGCAUUCACUUCGACUGAAUCACAUUCAGGGUGCUGCUGAGUACAUCCUAAAAAUCGCUUCGGAUCCGCAUCAUCCCCCAAACCACUCGGCAAAGAUUGGGCUACACGAUUCAUAA